UCGAGCAGCAUGUUGGGGGGGGGGAUUUCGGGUCGAAAAUUCAGAUGCAGGGUCUAUUUCCCUCCACAGAUGCUGCCUGACCCGCUGAGUUCCUCCAGCAGAUUGCUUAUUGCUCCUGAGUUCCUCUAGCAGUGAUUUUUUUUGCUUGAGACAAAACUGUUGAGACUUCUCUGCAUCGUGCUUGUAAAGUUGAAGGGCAACAUCUGGAACCCGUUGAGAAUCUGAUACUGGGAAUCUGAAGCAAAGACAAAAGGUGCGGGCAAAACUGAGUAGGUCAGGCAGCGCCGGCGGAGGGAGAAACGGACAACGUUUCGGCAGUUGGAGAGAGUUGUUCCCCUCUGUCUCUAUCGUGUCUUCUCCCAGCCCCUGAGGAAUUUUUGAGACCUGUCUUUUCAGGAUCAGCUGCAGUGAAAAUUGGUUUGGAGCAGAAUUCCGAAGAUUUUCAUUAUGCCGGUACAAACCUGGAAAGUUUGAUGAAUUCUACAACUUAAUCCUUCAUACACAUAAUAUUUCCAAUAUGGAUGUAUUAAUUGGAUAUGCUGAUGUUCAUGGUGACCUGCUUCCAAUCAACAACAACGACAACUUCUGCAAAGCCAUUUCCAUGGCUAACCCAUUGCUCAGAAUUUUUGUGCAACGGAAAGAAGAGGUAGAUUACGAUCUCUUUGGCACAGAUUCAUUGACAAGAAAGAAGAAACCUUUGGGAGGUCUCCGAACUGAUACACUCCGAAAGCGUGUUCACCUCACUAUUAGUAUUCCUCAAGACUUCAGACCUGUUUCUUCUAUUAUUGAUGUGGAUAUUCUGCCUGAAACUCACAGGAGAGUCCGAUUGUACAAACAUGGAUGUGAGAAACCCUUGGGAUUCUACAUUCGAGAUGGCACUAGUGUGAGGGUGACUGCACAUGGGUUAGAAAAAGUUCCAGGUAUCUUCAUCUCGAGGCUGGUACCUGGAGGUUUAGCUGAAAGUACAGGGCUCCUUGCUGUUAAUGAUGAAGUCCUCGAGGUAAAUGGGAUUGAGGUGAUGGGAAAAACUCUUGAUCAAGUUACAGACAUGAUGAUUGCCAACAGUCACAACCUCAUCAUCACAGUAAAACCAGUGAACCAGAGGAACAAUGUCAUUCGCAGCAGUCGAAUGUCUGGCAGCUCUGGCCAUUCAAACGAUAGUACAACCAGUCACCAUAGCCUAUCCUCUACCCAUAUGAUGCAGAACUAUAAUCCUGAAGAUGAAAGUGAUGAGGAAGCUGACAUUAUUAUUGAAGGAACUGAUGACCCACAGAGCAUUCCAUUUAAAUUACUGUCUUCAUCCUUCACCACUUCUCGAACAAACAUUGGUAAUCUUAGUCAGAGACUACAGAAGGAACUGGCAUUCAAUGAUUCCAUUAGAGAAAACAAAGGAAAUAUAUUGAAAACACUAACUGCAAUCAAAGCUGAGGCAAGGCAUAGUCUAGCUCUCAGUAGAGGAGGCAUUGAAGAAGAUGGAACAGUCAUAACACUUUGAAAGUUUGAUUCAGAUUGAUGUGGAGUGCCAGCAGAGAAUAAUGAAUUUAGUUGCAUUUCAUUGUUUUUAAUUUCUGUAAUUUUUGGGAACAUUUACUAUUUUUACUGGAAUUUGGUAUGUCAAGUUUUUCUAUGAAUGCCUAAUAUGUUUGAAGGCAAAUACUGUUACUCAAAUCUUGUUGAUAAAUAGGUCACAGAGCCAUAAAUUAUUUUAAAUCCUGAGGUUUUUAGUCAAUGUACUUUGACUUGGAAAAGCACAAUACCAAAUUAUUUUAAACUAAAUUAAUCAUGGUGCUAUCCUAUGGGCAGAAAUGAUUGUGUUGUAUAGCACCACUUGCUAGAUACGAACAGAAAUUUGUAGUAAUAAUUUUACAUUACCUAGAUUCUUCAAGCAUGUUUCUGGGCAUUACAGCUGUUAAUCCAUACAUAAAUACAAUCUGGAAGCCCUUAAGACAAUUUGAAGCAGCGGUAAGUAAUAACAUUUGGAAUUUCCCACUGCAGUUAAAUAUAUUUCAGCAUAAAAUGGCCAAUUUGGUAUUCAUGUCCUAUGUUUUCAUUUGUAAGUUUUAAUGUUAAAUAUGUUUGGAGAUUAGUCACGGCAAAUGUUAAGUACCUCUGCAAUGUGUCUUUAGAAAAACUUUUUGGAGCUGAAAAUAAUAGUACUCUAUCAGCAAGUAGGAGAUAGUGACAGUUGGUAGUAUGUAGAAAAUAAUGGAUACCUAAGAAUGAAUGAUCUGGAGCUUAAGGUGAUAUAAACAAAGCUUGACCAAAGUGCAGUUGUCAUCUGAGUCUCUUAAAUUUGGCUGUAAAUCAUUUUAUGGUAUUUUAUAGUGUAUACAUUUCAAUUUUUAUAUGUAAAGCAUACUCUUAUGUGGGGGUAUCUAUUUUUGUAUCUGCAAUGGUUGUCAAUGCACCUGUUUACCUACUAAUACAAUAUGUGGAAACCAGUAUUAUACUUUGUACUGGAAAAUUAUUAUCAUUAUUUCAUUCAUAUGUAACUUUAUAUUUCUUUUAAUUCUUUAAGGGGAGUUUUCAGUGCCUUUUUCUUCAUUGCAAGUUCUAAUUGGUCCUUCAGUGAGGGUACAAAUGGACAAUGGAUGUUUGCUGAAGCAUCAUUAUGCUGCAACAAAAAAAUUUCAGUUUGCAAUAACAUACUGGACUGUGCAUUUAUUCUCAUUUUGACAGCUGUGCAUAAUUCUCAGUGAUUUCAUCAACUUUGAGCUGACACUUUAAAUGAAAGUGAUCUCUAAUUUGAAGCACUUAAGUGGGGAAUGGGGUUGCUCUGUGAAUUGCCAAUGACUGAAUGGGAUGGCGUGGCCUUCUAUGUUGUAAGGAAAUAAGAAAAAAAUAUUUGUGUUUCCUGGUUUCAAGAACCACCUUGCACCACUGGUUAACAAUUUGUAAUGGCUCUUCUAGAGUGACACCCAAAUAAUUUUUUUGGCCUUCAUUCUAUAGCUCUGCAGGAUAUUUGUACAUUUCUACCUGUGCAUUUAUCUAUAUUGAAAGAUAUCACAAAAUAUAUGGGCCCAUUCAUCAACUGCAUUUGUCUGCUGUUGCUGUCUUCUGAUGUCCUACUGUUAAUCAUUCGCCGUUGUUCAUCUGUAUGGAGUCUUAAGUACUUCCGAAAUAGCUUGCUAUUUUACAUUCCUUCAUGACUACCUUUCUGUUGCUGCUAUUUGUGUACUAGUAAAUGUUUCUUAUUACCCUUUGUUAUUUGUCAGUUUCUUUUAUGUUGACUUGCACCAUCAAAUUCCCAAUUUUGUUUCCUUCUGCUUUUUUAUUUCACCUGUUCCCUGAUUGAGGAUCUUGUAAAGUGAGUAGAGGUUGAAUAUGUGAGCCUAGCAUGGAAUUUAGACAAGGAAGGUCAACUUAAAGAAUUCUCAGAGCAUGGCAGGGUAGAUCUAGAGAGACUGUUUCUUCUGGUUAGAGCAUUUGUAAGUUUUGGGAUAAAGGAUUGGCCCUUGGUAUUGAAAUGAGGAGCAAUAUCUUUAUUCUUGCGUUCCAAAUAUUUGGGUAUUUGUAGAUGUAUGUCAGAGGGUAUGUUCAAGACUAGACUGAUUAGACUAUGUCUCCCAAACCUCUACUGAAUUUUGGAAUCCCUUUAAAUCUUUUCAUUCUGGGUCCUGAUCAAGCAAUGCUUUGACUUAAAAUUUCUCUUUGUUUACAAAUCCCACCCUGCACUCAUCCCUCCCUGUCACCCUUCUUAUUUCUACUUUUUGUACUUGAGGUUAUUUAACUCCGUUUCUUGACUUGCAUUGUUCAUUCCACCCAUCAACUCUUGCUAGCUAUCAAUCUAAUCAUUGGUUCUCCAGUUCCAUGUUCAUGUCUGUGAUUCUACCAGUGUAAUUCUAUCUGUAGUAGAGAUAGAAACCUGCAAAAUAGAUAGAAACCUGCAAAAUAGAUAGAAACCUGCAAAAUAGAUAGAAACCUGCAAAAUAGAUAGAAACCUGCAAAAUAGAUAGAAACCUGCAAAAUAGAUAGAAACCUGCAAAAUAGAUAGAAACCUGCAAAAUAGAUAGAAACCUGCAAAAUAGAUAGAAACCUGCAAAAUAGAUAGAAACCUGCAAAAUAGAUAGAAACCUGCAAAAUAGAUAGAAACCUGCAAAAUAGAUAGAAACCUGCAAAAUAGAUAGAAACCUGCAAAAUAGAUAGAAACCUGCAAAAUAGAUAGAAACCUGCAAAAUAGAUAGAAACCUGCAAAAUAGAUAGAAACCUGCAAAAUAGAUAGAAACCUGCAAAAUAGAUAGAAACCUGCAAAAUAGAUAGAAACCUGCAAAAUAGAUAGAAACCUGCAAAAUAGAUAGAAACCUGCAAAAUAGAUAGAAACCUGCAAAAUAGAUAGAAACCUGCAAAAUAGAUAGAAACCUGCAAAAUAGCUCGUUCAGCUUUUGGAGCCACAUGACCGUGGCUGAUCCUCUGUCUCAAUACCGUGUUCCCUUACUCUCCCCAUACCCUUUCAUGCCUUGUGUCUAGAAAAUUAUCUAUGCCUUUAAAUAUGCAGGAAGUCCCCAGGUUACAAUAGCAUUCUGUUCCUGAGAACUGCUUGCAAGUCAGAAAUGAACAAGAACAGCUGUGACGGGAGAGUGAGCAGGCACAGGAAGAGCGGCAGCCAGCUGGCCUUACUGACUCAGCGAGCGAGUCUGCUCAGCGCUCCCAGCUCUUAAAAAUGUUUUGUAAAUUUUAAUAUCCAUUGAAUCAGGAAAAAAAGAGCAUGAUCAUGAGCAGCCUAAGUCACAGGAAUACUGAAAGAUCUGAUAAAACACUGGCACCCUACAACAAACUUGAAGAAGCUAUUCAAGUUUUAAAAUUGUCUA